AUGUCGGCGAAAUUAAUUAAAUUUGUUGGAAACCACGAUAUUUCAUCGGAAGGCAAAUUUUUGUGGGAAAUUCUCGCCCAACUCCGAAAUGUAAGCUUUAAUCCAAUUGCUUGUAGAAAAUUUUUUUUUUUCUCCUGAAAAUAUCCUUAUUUCUGUGUAUUUUUCAGUUCGGCGUCGGCCGCCUCGUCACGAAGAACGAAUGGGCACGAAAAUGGCCGAGCAACCCGUCGUAUUUGAAAAUUUUGAGGGUUUGUUUGAAGAAAUUAGUUUCCUGACGAAAAACAACGAUUUCAGGCAGAGCCAGGCAUGGAUCGAUGGCUCUUCGAAGGAAAAUUGUAUGCAGAAUGGGUUUUUCGCGGAAAAUAUUUAGGAAUUUAUGAAUUUUCCAAAGAUUUGAACAGAAGUGACUGGCAAUUGGUGCACAAGUGAGUUGUUCAUGAGAAAUUUGUUUUAGCACAUUUUGAGAUUUUCCGGAACGUUAUUAAUUGUAAAACACGAAUUAUUUAGACUAAUCGAUGAAAACUGUAAGAAUUCCAUUUUUAUACCAGGCACCUCGAAAAAUCCUACACAUCAGCCGCUGCUCCGAUGAAAGAGCUCGUUGUCCCCGAUUCGUUCCCUCUACCGCCACUUCAAGUCCAUUUUGCGCUGAAAACCGCCCAAAAGAACGGAUUCGACGAGAAAACGGUGCCGAGACGGGCCCCUCUCGCGCUGAGCCUCGAUCCAGAGUUUGAGCACUUGAAGCCUUUCAUCAAACAGGUAAAGAGCAGACAAAAUUGCUAGUGUGAAUACAAUUGUGAAUUUCAGGAAGCUCCAACCACGAAAAGCACGUCGAUUUACGAGGAAAUUGACAAAAGUGCACUUCUGGAUUUGUACGGGAACGAAUUGCCAAUCAAGGUUAGAAAACAUAUUUUUUCUCUAACAAUUUUCCUAAUGUUUCAUUUUUCAGGUGGAAGCAUGGAACGCCGGACCCGCAGGCUUCCAGCCCCGUUUCAGUGCGACAAAAAUGCGAGUCGAGGACCAAAAACCAUAA